AAGUCGAAGAGAAAGACAUCGUCCCCUCCUCCACCGUCUCUAUCUCGCUCUCUCCUUCGGCGUUUUCCGUUCUCAUCUGUCCUUACUCUUCCCCUUCCUCUUUCUCCUCCUUUUCAUCGCGUCUCCACCUCGGAAUCUUCUUCCUGUUCACUCCUUACGGCUCCGUCGGCGUCUCCACUCCUUUUGGUCAACUCAACGGCCAACUGUCCUCUAUCGUGCAGACCGUUCGCAGCAGACAAUUUGAAUCUUAUAGGGUCUCGUUAUUAACCUGCGGUCCGGUGCUCGUUGUACCGGCGUUGAUUUUGGUGAAUCCGUAAAGGUCUCCUCGGUGCAUAGCGCGUCAUGGCCUUCGAAAACAUCCCCUUGCCAUCCAUUGAUCGCCCGUUCGGCAUUCAAUUAUGGCCCAUCUUCGACAAGGCGUUCGAGAAGGUGAUGGGUUAUCCUGCAAGCCAGUGGGAAUUCGUUGAAGGGGUUACCCCCAUGUCCACUUUCAAGGAGACUGCCACUUCCCUUAUCGCCUACUAUGUCAUCAUCUUCGGUGGCCGCGAGAUCAUGAAGAAGUUCCCGGCUCUGAAGCUCAAUGUGCCAUUCAUGAUUCACAACUUCUACUUGACUGUAAUCAGUGGGACUCUCCUGGCUCUGUUCAUUGAACAGCUCCUGCCCACCAUAUGGAGACAUGGACUGUUCUACGCUAUUUGUGACUACGAUGGUGGAUGGACUCAACACCUCAGGGUUCUGUACUACCUCAAUUACCUGACCAAAUAUCUUGAACUGAUUGACACGAUCUUCCUGUUCCUCAAGAAGAAGCCUCUGACUUUCCUUCAUACUUACCACCAUGGUGCCACUGCCCUCCUUUGCUACACCCAGCUGAUCGGGUCGACAGCCGUUCAGUGGGCUGUGAUCUCGCUGAAUCUGCUUGUCCAUGUCGUCAUGUACUGGUACUAUUUCCAGAGCGCACGCGGAAUCCGCAUUUGGUGGAAGGAAUGGAUUACGCGCCUCCAGAUUGUGCAAUUCGUCAUCGAUCUUGGCUUUAUCUACUUCGCUUCGUACACUUAUUUCUCCUCAACUUACUUCCCUUGGGCUCCGAACUGGGGCAAGUGCGCCGGAGAGGAGUUCGCUGCAUUGUCUGGAAUCGCUAUUAUCACCUCUUACCUCGUCCUCUUCAUCUCCUUCUACAUUGCCACGUAUAACAAGACCGGCAAGGGUACUCGUCCUCGCCGCAACACUGGCAAGCAGGCUGUGAUCGACAUGAAGGACUAUGAGGUGCCAUCUAUCAGCGCAAAUGCCAACGGCUCAGCGACCAAUGGAAAUGCCAAGACAAAUGGUUCUGCUGUUUCCAGUGGCCGAGCAAAUGGCGGCCCUGUGACGCGGUCCAGGAAGGCCUGAAGCAUUUGUGCGAAACGUGUCAUGCUUCGUGUCAAUCUGAGCGCUCUACGUCUCGCAUGCAUGCCCGGUGGUACUAGAUGCUCGAGAAGACUAAUAACGCCUGUUAACGAAUCAGCCCUUCCGACUGUGAGCUUCAUCUGCCCGUUGAUGACUUGGCACGACCAGUAUAUGUCAGGAGACCUACGAACGGUGGUCGGUGGAUUCUUGACUGACAGGAGCACGAUUGAGUAAUGUGGUGUAUUUUCUUUCUUUAUUUUAUUAAACAAAAAAAUUGGGGGCCACAACGACACUUUUACUACUACUGUUUAAUUGACUACAGCUUAACGCAACCGGCCGUCUUUUCUUUUUGGGUUGAUCACCGCGACGGGCCUGAGCGAAGAGCCUUACAACGUGCAAGAUGACAACCCGAGGCAGGAUCAUUAUUUAUUGGCUUUGUGGAGGGAAGAGGGAGAGAGGAAGACAGAGGGGAACCUCUAUUCCCGCCUAGAGUACUGCCUUGCUUACCGCAGUCUCCCUUUCUACUGGCUUGCCUUUUUCUUCUCAUCUGUCUUUGCUCUGGUGCCGGCGACUGCAGGCGCGUUUGUUUCUUAUAUUUUUAUUUUGGAUCUUCUCUGUCCGCUGUCUUUUUACAACUUUUUUCUUUUCUUUUCAUCUCAUAUUGUUUGUUAAUAUUCAUUUCUUUCCAGUUCCCCCGUUAAUUAAAUAUCUAUAGAUGCCUUUGAUAUAAAGAUAAAUCUUAGCUAGUCAAGUUUAAUGUACAGAGUGUUAAUGCUGGA